CCGAUGGUCGAAGAAGGGUGCGCAAGAGUUCGGCGUGCAAUCGGGCGCAGUUUACUGCGGCAACGUUCAAAAUUCGACGUCUGUAGGAUGAUGGACUGACGUUUUUCCAACAGUCUUUGUAAAAAUACAGGAUGGCGGACGACAUUAAAACUGUCGCGGACGCCGAGUUCGGCGACGGAAACUACAAAAGUUGUUUCGCGCGGUCCGUGGCUGUGAACGCGCAACACAAACAUCCGAAAAUUGAACCGCGAAAAAGUAGUGACGGAAACGAAGAGAUUUCCGAUGGUCUGUGUUUUUUUUCCAGGGACCGUCCAGAGCCAGUGAGAUUCCGCAAGAACUCGAGAGUCGUCGCCGAAGAGUCCAGAAGGUUUUCCUGCGGUAGUAUCGGUUAUCCCAAAUAUCCACCGACGUGUUCGCCAAGGCUCAAAGAGUUGCCCAUUGAGAACAUGGUGAACAAUUCGAAGAUCGAAACACUACAGUGGCAGCUGAAAGAGAUAGAAAAGAGUAGGGAGAUGUACCGUGCGGUGAUGAAACAGGUGGUCACUUUCCUGGAAAAGGCCCACCACAGCCUGGAAGACCUCGGCAAGCGAUUGAACAGAAAAAACUCGGUGCCCAGGUCCAGAAGCGAGCAUCAUAUAACGCCCGACGAUGCCAUUUCCAACCCGCCUAGCCGCAAGGCUUCUGUCGACGGCGAUGCCAGCUCAUUUUUAUGGAACAGCUCCAAGAAGCAGGAGGACGCGCAGCCUGAGAAGCUCGCGCAGGAAGCUUACCGAUUGCUGCGCACCGCUCGAUCGGUGCUGAGCACCCGCGAGCCCAACUUGGUGCAGGCUGACGAGCCUUGCGACGUAGAGUUCCUCGCCCAGCUAGCCAAAGAGUUCCCCCAGACCCCCGAGCAUCGGCCUCAGCGAGCCACCUCGUUCUACGUGAGCCCGAAGCUGAUCCUGCCGGACCACGAGCCGAAAAUCUCGACGGCCUUCAACCGGAAGCUGUCGCUUCAACUCACAGACGUGAGAAGGACGUCCGGGAAGUCAAGGGUGUCGCUCGCUGCAGACACCUAUAGCGAUUUCGUCGCAGGUACGACCAAGGUCGAUUUCGAAGGUCACCAGGACAAGGGCAAAGGUUCCCCUCCUGCGGGGAGCGUUAGUUCCGCGGAGGAUGAGAGCGGCUUCUCAUCGCUCAACUCGUACCAAGAGGUGGGACUGCCGGGCGCCGAGGAAGUAUCCGCGAGGAGCGUACUGCUGCGCAGCAUGCUGCACAGCGGCGAACAACAGCCGAGGGACGUGUGGCAGAAGCCGGUCAGCAACGGUCAGCACAAGCGAUGGCACUCGUCGCCAGCGGAACACUUGGACAAGCAAUCGGUUAAAGUUUUGUGGGUAUGAGAGUAUGGCGGCUCCCGACUUAUUUUUUUUUUAAUAAGAAUUGAGAGACGUCGGGGUCGGACCCAAACUUUACUAAUUUUUAGAUAUUAGACGCGCGGAUUUUAAACAUUCUUCGCUUUCGAUUGCAGUACAGUAUUUUUUUUUGCGAUUUUGGAGUAAA